AUGGCAGAAGAAAAAUUUGAGGAUUAUGUCUACCUAAAUAAAAUCUGUUUGUCGUCUGUUGGACUCUGGCCACUUGCUGAUGGAGUAUCAAAAUGGCGACUUUAUCUUAAUAAUUUUCAUAUUUUCAUCACUUAUGCUUUAUUUUUGUUAGUCAUGCUGAUUCCAGAGGCACUGGAUUUGUAUAUGGUCUGGGGCAACAUUGAUGCUAUCGUCGAAAAUGUGUGUGUCAAUAUUUACCUUGCCAGUGCAGCCAUCAAAUUUUACCAAAUGAUUGUAAAGAAGAAGACUUUUAAGGAUUUGUUGAACAUUAUGAAACGUGAUUGGGAUUCUACUGUACACAAAGGUGUGUCGAAGGAUCGAAGAAAUAUCCUUCUUCGAUACGCCAGUUUUUCACAAAAUCUUACUAAAAUUUUUGCCCUUUUGGCCUACGUAAUCUGUACUCAGCUAUUUCUUUUACCCCUUAUUUUUGGAAUGAAUAAUAAUCCUAUCCGAAAAAGAUGGUAUCCAAGCAGUGCUUGGUAUUAUUUCGAUCAGUCCUCCGAUUCCGCAUAUGCCUGUUUUUAUUGCCUUCAGCUCUUCAUUGGAGUUGGUCUGGGAAUAAGUGUUAACAUAGGAUUGGACAGUUUUUGCUGCGUUGCAAUUUCUCAUAUAUGUGCACAACUUAUUAUUUUUCAAAAGGAACUUCUGGAAUUAGGCAAACACUCAAAAGUUUCACAAGGAAUAAUAAAACAAAUUAUUCAGAAACACAAUCACCAAUUCAGGGUCACUCAAUUAUUAAAUGAAAUAUUCAAUAACAUAUCAUUAUGUCAAUUACUAUUGAGUUGCGUCGCCAUCUGUACCGCAGGAUUUCAACUAAUUAUAAGUUUGGAAGUAGGAAAUGCUGCAUAUCAAUCUUUAUGGACAAAUUUACCUACUUCUUCUUGCAAAGAAAUUAAAUUACUGAUUUUGAGAUCUCAAAGGCCUAUGUUUAUCACAGCUGGAAAAAUGUAUAUUUUGUCACUCUCAAGAUUCAUAGCAAUUCUCAAAACAUCUAUGCAAUGUUUAUCAUAUUUGAGAGCGUCAUAUAACCACAAAGACAGACUUGGACAAUAA